UCAUACGAUUUGCUCUGGAAUAAACUCGAAAAAUCUCAAUUACCGAGAGAACUUUUGAAUAUCUUUAAAUACUGGUAUAGAAGCCAGGUCAACAAUGUGAGAUGGGAUGGAUGUAUGUCUGACCCGUACAGGUUGGAGUGCGGGGUGAGACAGGGAGGGUUGAGCUCACCAACGCUCUUCAACCUGUACGUAAAUGAGCUGAUAGAGGAGCUCAGCGGCACCAGAGCGGGUUGCUACAUUGAUGGCGUCUGUGUAAAUAAUAUCAGCUACGCAGAUGAUAUGGUGCUUCUGAGCGCUUCCGUUUGUGGACUGAGGAAGCUCAUGGCUAUAUGUGAGACAUACGCUAAGUCCCAUGGAUUGGCGUACAACGUGCGAAAGAGCCAGAUCAUGGUCUUUGGGGAGGGAAGCAGGAGGCCAAACUUAUUGCCGAGCGUCUUUCUCAAUGGUUGUGAGAUUCAGCGCGUAAACAGGUUUAAAUAUCUGGGCCAUUUACUGACUCCUGACCUAAAAGAUGGUGAUGAUGUUGAGAGGGAACGCAGGGCGCUGUCGGUAAGGGCGAACAUGCUGGCUCGUAGGUUCUCACGCUGUUCAAAGGCAGUAAAGGUAACUCUUUUCAGAGCCUACUGCACUAGCUUCUACACGUGCAGUCUGUGGGCUGAUUGUUCGCGUGUGUCGUAUGGCGCUCUGCGCGUCCAAUACAACAACGCGUUCAGGGUGCUGAUGGGGUUGCCCAGAUACUGCAGCGCAUCGGGCAUGUUUGCAGAGGCGCGAGUAGAUUGUUUUUACGCGACCAUGCGGAAGAGGUGCGCCUCCCUGGUGCGCAGGGUUCGGGGCAGCCCCAACAGCAUCCUGUCUAUGAUAGCGAGUAGACUGGACUGCCGUUAUAUUAAUUACUGCUGCACUACAUCCGCAGGAGUUGUGCAAAAAAAAUAA